AUGUCUAGUAUCAUUCGUGAAGUUUGGAAUUAUAAUGUUGUAGAGGAGUUUAAUGUGAUUCAGAUGCUCCUCCCUUUAUCUGUUUACGCCUCAUUUGAUAUGGAAUUCCCUGGUACCAUCUUUCAUCCUGACGUCCCUAAGCACUUUCUCUCUUCUCUCAGUCCACCCGUAAAUUAUUCUUAUUUAAAGGCGAAUGUGGAUACCAUGAAGUUGAUUCAAGUGGGCCUUACUUUGUCAUUUGUGCCCAACCCUCAUUCUGGUGUUGUUAAUUCUUAUGUUUGGCAAUUUAAUUUAGAUGAUUUCGAUGUGGAUUCUGAUUUUCAGAAUCCUAAUUCUAUCACACUUUUAAGAGAAACUGGAAUUGACUUUGUUAGGAACAAAGUUGAAGGUAUUAGUUUAGGUUUAUUCAGAAAUCUUCUAAUAUCAUCUGGCCUUCUGUGCGGCCCCUCUCAUCUGAAUUGGGUCACCUUUCACGGAGCAUACGAUUUUGGCUUUGUUGUCAAAAUUUUGACUCAAAGACCCCUCCCACCCAAUUUGAUCAUGUUCAUGAGUUUGGUUAGGGAGAUUUUUGGGGAAGCAGUGUUUGAUUUGAAGCACAUUGCGAAAUUUUGUAGGGGUCUUUACGGAGGCUUAAGUCGAUUGGCAGAAAUCCUAAAUGUGGAUAGAAUUUCAGGUCAGAGCCACCAGGCUGGGUCCGAUAGCCUUUUGACCAUGCAUGUGUUUUUUAAGGUCAAAGAAAUAUAUUUUAAUGGGUAUCUUGAUUAUCAUCUUAAUCGGUUCAAGGGAAUCAUUCACGGAAUUGAAUUGCCAGUCGAGUUUCAACCUCGUCGAAUGUUGAUGGUUCCUGUUUGGCCGCAAUUUCCUCAUGUUACCGGAACUAUUUAUAAUGGCUUAGUUUUUUUAUGGGGAGGAAACAUAUAA